CUUCCUGUUUUUUUCCCUCGACGUUUCACCCCACGCCUCGCAGGCUUCGCGUUUCCCCCAUUCGCCCGCGACCACAACCACCAACAUCAACAUCGCCAUUUGCACCCCCAUCAGCCGUCCCCGACACGUCUUCUGCGAGCCGCACCGCGUCCGCGAGCCUCGCGUGUAAGUGCACCCUCGACCCGCCCUCCCCUGCCCGACACCACGACCGCGACUCCGCUCUCUGCGGCCGCGACCACAACAACGCCCCAGGACCGCCACAACGCGCUCGUCUCGACCGGUCGAUGAUACCCGCGGCUCUCUAGCAUCACACACAUCUGCUGAAGAGAAGGACGGCUGGAUUUCGGCCCCACUGCGCAUUCGGACCUCGAUCCCAGGACCAUGCCCUUGUAGCCCACCGCCACCAUGGUUCUUUUCAAACGCAAACCGGUGCAGUUGCUGCCUCCCAAGGACGUCAAGGAUGACAAUGCAGAGGUCUGGCACAUCCCACAGACCGGCGAGGUAUUUGCCCACUAUGAGGACUACCUCAAUAGAAUGGAUUUCUACAAACAGCGGCGAUUCAUCUGCCAGAUCACGGGGCACUCGGGCAUGACGUUUUUCGAAGCCCUCAAGAGCGAGCUCGCCGGCGCCGAAGAGGUCGAGCAGGCGUUCCCCGAAGCCCUCAAGGGCCCGGUCCUGCGUCGCGUCCAGUUCCAAACUGUCUCCCGAAUCGAUGCACUCGUUGACAUGGUUUUUGAGGAGUUCAGGGCGGACUACUACCCCGGUGAAGCCGUGACGGUCAGUACGGCAGACGGCGAACGGCUACAGGGAGUUGUUAGGGAAAAGACUCGGUUCGGCGGCAAGGUGCUGCCCGACGGCACGCAGACCGCUCCUUACACGCGAUACACGGUCAGCCUCGAGGAUCGACCCGGCACCGAGGCCGUCGUCGACGACGAUCACAUCUUUCGCGAUCGCAAGAUCUUCACAAAGUCAGUUCUGCGGUCGUUCAUCAAGAAAACGGUGACGCGUGAGGCCUGGAACGGCGCGCCGUGGCUCGUGAAGCCCGACGUCGCCUCGCAGUACCACAUCGACUCGCGGAUCCCGCCUCACCUGCGCUACGAUACCAAGUUGAUGGAGAGGAAGCAGCUGCAGGCACAAAAGCGAGCUAGCAACACCCCGACGCAGGACGCUCAAGGCACAAACGGCGUCAACGGCGCCAUGGCAAACGGCCCCGCGCGGCUGCCCGAGCUGAAACCCGCGCCGAAGAGCCAAAAGGGCAAGAACCAGUCGCCAGAGUUUCCGCAGGGCCAGAACGGAUCGUCAGGGAUGCUUGGAGGUCCCGAGACAGGCGUCUUCCACGCGCCGCCGCACAAGAAUCCUUUCCAGCUGCCGCUCAAUUUCCGGAACCAACCGCUGCCGCAUUCGAUGACCGCGCCCGAGCCCCCACCACCCCCGCCGCCCCCCAAGUACCCCAUCGAAGACCUCCAAGUGCCGCUGAGGGAGGGCGUCGUCAGGCCGCCCUUGGCGUUCCUCUGCAGGGACCCCCCGACCACGUCCGAUGUCCCUGUAAAUGGCAGCGCCGGCGUACGCGACAAGCUGUCGAUGAAUUCGGUCGGCUCGUUCCUGGAGACUUGGGACACGCUGAACGUGUACUGCGAGAUUUUCAAGCUCGACUCAUUCACGUUCGACGACUUUGUCGAGGCCAUGUGCGUUGCGUCCGAGGACACCAAGGUCCAGAUGUUCGAGGAGAUACACUGUGCGGUCCUAAAGCAGAUCGUCAGCGCCGAAGCUGACGGCGGCAAGGUGAAUGUGCAGCUUCCCGAGCUGGACGACGAAGAGGAGGACUCCGAGGAAGAGGGCUCCGAGGAGGAGGCUAAAGAGCCGACACCAGAGACCGAGCGCCCCCCCGCGAGGGCCACGCGAAGCAGUCUCGCCAAGGCCGAGGCUGAGAGGCUACUCGCGGAGGCGAGGGCCGCCGAGAAGGAGAGCCAGAACGUGGAACCCGAGAUCAAGCACCGCGCAGAGGACCUGCUCCAAGACUACGACUGGAUCGAGGAGCUUCGGAAACGCAACUUUCAGAACGGCGGCUGGGAGCGCAUCAUGGUCGGCCUGCUGCACCAGCUGUCGAAGAACGAGCGGCUCGAGGAGCGGUGCGAAGACCUGCUCGCACAGCUGUGCCCCCCGGACGUGGACCCUACACAGGACACCGUGCGGGAGCGCUAUGCCAACCUCGACGUCAACCACCGAGUGCAGGCGCUGCAGAUCGUCUGCAUCCUCACAACGCAGACCAAGGCCAUGCGCACGUACAUGGAGGAGUGCAGUGAGCAGAUGACGGCGUUCCGCAAGGAGAAGAUUGACUGGCAGCGUCAGAGGAAACAGGCAAUCGAGGAACUGCGCACCCUCAAUGAUCAACGCAAGAUUUUGCUCCCAGAAAAUAUGCCGCCAUCGCCACCGCCCGACCAGAAGGCGGACGAAGACGUCAAGAUGACCGAUGCAGACGAGUCGGCGGCGGAUGCCGAGGACGAGGUGCUCGACUCGGAUGACGAGGGCGCCCCGCGCAGGAAUUUCCGACGCGCUAACGACCGCGCCGCAGAAAGGCAGCGGAAGCGCAAAGAGGAGAAGGAGCGGAAGGAGAAGGCCGCCGAAGCCGCCAAGGUGCCCAAGCCGUCGAAGCAGUUCCUGAAGGUCCUCAAAGAAAUUCAGAAGAAGGAGGAUCUCAUCAAGAAGUGCGAAGAGGAGAUUGCAGUCAUUGACAACGACCUGCGCGAGGCCGACUGCGGGCGCACGCGCGUGCUGGGCAAGGACCGCUUCUGGAACCGUUACUACUGGUUCGAGCGCAACGGCAUGCCCUACGGGGGGCUCCCCGACAGCUCGACGGCCGAGGCCGGAUACGCCAACGGCUGCAUCUGGGUGCAGGGCCCCGAUGAGCUGGAGCGCGAGGGCUACAUCAACGCCGACCCCGAGUACCAAGCCGAGUACAAGAGCAAGUUCGACGUGACGGUGCCGGAGAGGAAGAAACUGGAAGAAGGCGCCACCAGCGUGUUCAACGCAAACCAGUGGGGCUACUACAGCGAGCCGGAGCAGGUCGACGAGCUUCUCAAGUGGCUGGACCCUCGCGGCUUCAACGAGCUGCGGCUGAGAAAGGAGAUUGUCGCCUUCAGGGACAAGAUUGUACAGCACAUGGAGAACCGCAAAAAGUACCUCGCCGUCGCAGAAGCGGAGGAGCCACAGGAGAAGGGAGAGAAGAAGGACAAGAGGCGGGACUCGAAGCGUAUGAGCACGAGGGGCCGCCACCACGAGCCGACGCCCGAGCCCACCAAUUACCGCUGUCUCGCGUGGGAGAACACCACCGCGAUGGAGGAGCUCGGCCACCUCCACUCGGAGCCGCCGCCGCCGCCGCGCCCGAAGAAGCAGGCGACCAAGAAGAGACAGGCCGCCGAGCCGUCGCCUGAGCCGGCGCCCGUCUCGAAGACAAGGCGGCGUAAGUAACGUACAAAGAUGCCAAGUCAGUGCCACACGUUGUGGCCCCGAUUUCACUGUAUUUAUAGACCUUUGCGUAUGACGACGUAAGAAAACACCUGGCGCGGCAUGAGUUGCCCAGAUAGACCUGGGUGGGGUUGGAGCUCUGACAGAAGACAAGCAGUAUUCUGGCACAUGAAGAAGAUGGACACCCCACACACACACACACACAUACGAUGGAGGAGACGAUCUCGCUUUUUUCGCAGCAUGGCUCGCUAUGGUUUCAAGCAUUGGGCGGUUCUGGGCGGCGGCGUGCGGUUUGCAUAUUAGCUACAUGGAAUAGGAACCAUAGACUCUCCAAACGAAGUGUUUGAUGAUAGUUGCGUGCGUAGCCGGCGUGACUGGUUAGCUCCUGUAGUUGCCGC